AUGAGUGGUAAAUUUGUUAGAGCUUCGAAAUACAGACACGUAUUUGGCCAGGCAGCCAAAAAGGAAUUAUGCUAUGAGAAUUUGAAAGUAACAAAGAAUGCGUGGGAUUCAAACAUCAUCCAAUCAAACGGACAGUACAUCUCUGUCAAUUGGGAUUCUUCUGGUGGUGGUGCGUUUGCGAUAAUCCCAGUCUCCGAGGUUGGUAAAGCACCCGAUACGGUUUCUUUGUUCAGAGGUCACAAGGGUCCUGUUUUGGAUACCGCUUUCAAUCCUUUCAACAAGCAAGAAAUAGCGAGUUGUUCGGAUGAUGGCAAGGUUUUGAUUUGGAAAAUACCAGAGGAUUAUUCUUUCCAUCAUUAUGUGGAUGAAAACGAGGAAGUUGUGGACAUAACCGAGCCUGUCAAGGUGCUUCUGGGCCACACAAGAAAAGUGGGGCUCAUUGAAUACCACCCAUGCGCUGAAAAUGUGUUGGCAUCGAGCUCCUUAGACUACACAGUCAAAAUAUGGAACACCGAGACAGGAGAAGAUGUAAUCACCUUGCAGCACAAAGAUUUGGUUACUUCUUUUGCAUUCAACUAUAAUGGCUCACUCUUGGCCACUACUUCAAGGGACAAGAAAAUUCGUAUCUGGGAUAUCAGAACAGGUGAAAUUGUAUCUGAAGGGUCUGGACACACAGGUGCUAAACCUUCUAGAGUUACUUGGCUUGGUAACACCGAUAAGAUAGUUACUACUGGGUUUUCGAGGCUUUCAGAUCGUCAAGUGGGAGUAUGGGACAUCCACAAUAUCGAAAAAGGUCCGAUCGAUGGGUUCUUGGUGGUUGAUGCAUCUUCAGGAGUUUUGAUUCCUUAUUUUGAUUCCGAGACGUCGAUUCUCUAUAUUGCAGGAAAGGGGGAUGGAAACAUACGGUACUACGAAUUUGACAAUGACAGCAACAUCUUGUAUGAGUUAUCGCAAUAUGCCUCAACCGACCCACAAAGAGGAUUUGCCGUUAUACCAAAACACGCCGUUAAUGUAAAAGAUAACGAAGUUGUGCGCGCAUACAAGACUGUUCUCGAUAAUGUGAUUGAACCCAUUAGUUUUAUUGUUCCUAGAAGAUCAGAAUUGUUUCAACUGGAUAUUUUCCCAGAUUGUCCAUCCACCAAGCCAGCACUCAGUGCCAAGGAGUGGUUUGAUGGAAAAACAGUCAAUGGUCCAAUAUUGAUGACAAUGGAAGCAGUAUAUGAAGGCAAAGAGCCAACUUUAACAGAGAGUAAACCACCUGGCUCGUCGUCAUCUAUCAAAAAAGAGACUAAACAGACAGAGGAGCCAAGAAAAGAGGAAACUAGUAAGGACGAUUUGGAGUCAAAGAAAGAGUUGACGAAUUUAGCUGUCGACACUGAUGUUAAAGAGCCUCAACAAAGAGAAAUUGGUGUUUCCAAACCUGACCAAACUCUUGACAAUGUGUUGAAAGGAUCGAAAAAGGUGGAUGGCUUACUAGACAAAGUAGGUGACCAAUCAGACGAUGAAGAUGAUCCUAGUAAGUCUAAUGACGAGGACGACGAAAGCUGGGAAGAUGUUCCAAAACCAGAGAUUAGAAAGUCGGGGAACUCGCUUGUUAAGGAUACUUCUCCCGUGUCCAAAUCCGAAUCUGUGACUGCAUCUGAAUCAAAGAAGAGCGAUUCAGAAAGCAGUGGCGAUGAUAAAGUGAUCUCAAAGGACAAAGUAGCUGAUGUCAGGGACGAAGAGAAGGAAAAAACACCCGAAGUAAGCACAAAAGAUGGGCUGAAUGUUGAAAACGCAGACAUUAAGGAAAAGAGCGCCAACGCUCACACUCACACCACUACCAGUACCACCCCCACCACCACCAACAACAACAACAACGACAACAUCAGCAGCAGUAGCAUCAACAGCGCUAAUAAUGCAAAGGCAGCAGCAACAACAACAACAUCAACAAUAUCAGCAAACUCUUCCGAUGCAACAGUACACUCACCAGGAAGCUCCAUUUCCGAUUCAAAGACAAAGGAAACGGAAACAUCAGAACAAUCAAAAGAUCAAGAUUCAAAGAAAAAGCCAACUUUAACAUCCACUGUUGAAAGACUAGCAUCACUUGUUGAGCAACUUCAGAACCAAAUCUCAAAGUUGGAGGAAAUCAAUUCCUCAAAGGAGGAAAGGUUACAAGCCUUGGAGAAAAAAUUAGACGCCUUGAACUCCGCUUAA